GCAGAACUUGAGUAAAACGUGGUUGACCUGUGGUUCAGUGAAUCAACGAUAAAAUUUUCAUCUAUUGCAAUCAAUCAUAUCAUUCACAUUUUCAACAUGGAUGAAAAUAUUUUCACAUCCUCUGAAGCCAUUGAUGCUGUGCAGUUCUGGGACCGUACAGUUGAAGUUAUUGGAUACGUAAAAAAAGUGAUUCCACGGAGGAUUGCCGGCUCUACAGAAUUUUUGAAGUUUAUACUUUCCAAUGGUAGUGGAAAACACAUUCAAUGUUGCAUUUGGGGGGCUAAUGAUAUAAAUGCUCUCGAGGCACACAUCAAUUUGAAUGAGAUUUUGCAUAUCGAUGGAGCAUGGGCAAGAGUGCCUUCUAAAGCAGAAUUUAAUAAAGGAAAUUGUCAAUUCGAGUUACAACUGUUUGCCAACACUGUUGUCGUGUCCUUUGGACAACAUUUAGCUGCUGUAGAUCAAGAAGAAGAAGAAGAAGUCGUUGAUGUUGAUUUUGAAAAUUUGGUGCACUGCGAACCAGGAUCGAGAAUUAAAGUUAUUGGGUACUUAAGAACUGUUUUCGUCGAGCAACGACUUGGCUAUGGUCCCCAAGUAGGUACCUUUGGAUGUGGUUCCUUAACUGAUGGAACAUAUAAACUUGAAUUACGAAUUCCAAGUUUACGUGCACCCAGAGAUUUCACAAAAGGACAAAAAUUAUCCAUCAUAGGCACCAUUGAGUUUCAAGGACCAAGAAUGCAUUUGCAAAUAAGUAAUGUAAAUGACAUCGAGGAGUUAGAUGGUCUUAUGCGUCUGAGUCAACUUCUUGAGGGAUUUCGAGAAUUAAAAAGACAAUUGUCUGAUGCUGAAGUACCAUCUGGAUCUAGACGUAGAUCAUAAAAUAGCUUAAUCAGUUUUUUUAUUUCAUCGACUUCAAAAACAAAAAUUAUUAUUUUAAUUUGCGAAUAUUGUUGAGUCUUUAAAAUGGUACUCAUGAUAGUAGAAAAACCAUAUAUUUUGGAAGCCAAAUAUAGUUUCUUUAGUGGUUAUUUGAAACUUUUACCGUAAUAUCAUUUAUAAUAUUAUUUCUCAAAAAAUUAACAAUUUCACAGUUAUUUUUGUGAUAAUAAUUAAAUUUUUGUUAAAAUUAUGGAAGGAAACAUAUUUUUUUUGAAGGAAAUUUUUUAGAAAAAUUACAUCUCCUUCAAUUUAUUAGUUACACAGAGUUCUAUUUAGUUGUCUAUUACUUCUAACUUAGGGUGCACAGAUAAUAAAUAGUACAUUAGCGGUUUUUGUUUUUUUGCAUAAAAAAGUUAUUCAAUUACGGUAUGAAUUUGAAAUACCUAAUUUAACGUUGCAAAGUAGGUACAGUUUAUUUUUCGAGCGUCUAAUGGACUAUUGUAGGAUCACCCUUAGUUGUAAAUAAUUUUUUUCCAUUAGUUAUUUCCAUUUAAAAUAAAAUCUGAGAAUAUAAGUAAUAUUUUAAUUUUAUUACAUUAAAAAUUAUUCAAUACCGGUAUGAGUUUCAAAUAUCUAAUUUAAUGUGUCAUUUGUACCUUCGAAAGUAUUAAACUAGAAUUACUACGAUUAGGAAUGAAAAGGAUAUUUGUUAAUGUUGAAAAUGCCUUGUAAUUUAACUAAAUUGUUUGAAUUAUGUAAUAUUUUACUUUAAACCAACGAAAGUUUUUAUUUUUUCAUUUCAUUUCAUAGAAAACAACAUUUUUGUUAGGUUGACAGUCAUUGUCAAAAAAAUCUUUUGUUUAUAUUCUUA